UGUGAGAUAUCGGCACGAGAAUCGACAGACGGUAGCACGUGGAGGCAUUUAUAAGCGAGAUUACACGAGGAAGGGGAAAAUCAUUUCAUUCGACAAAUCAUUAUAAACCUUUAGUAGUAUUGACAGACGGACUUCAAUGUGGCGUGGUUUGCUAUACCGGGUAGGACUUUAUUAGGGAACCACAUAGUGUUACAUCAAAAUAUGACAUAACACUUUCCAUUUUUUUUGUAAACUACAGACAGAAAAAAAAUUUGAUUGGAUAAUUCAAUUUCGACUUAUUGACGUCGAUGAUGUCAACGACAAUUUAUAUCAAUCACUGGAUUUGAUACGAACGGCAGAAGGAAACAGUGAAUAUGACACGGUGACAUUUCUCCAGUAAAUAAGGAUGGAUGAUACAUAGAUAUUCUCAGGAUAUAUUCAGGAAUUGUUGCUGUUAUAAUAAGGAAUAUGGGGGGUGAAAUAAAACCGAUAUGGUCCCUCCCACGCCGAGUAGUACUGCACGAUUCCUACAGCAAGUAUGGACAAGACAGAAAUAAAUACAACAGCGCCUCCUGGCGGUCAGAAAAUCAGGUGAGGUACAAGGUGAUUGAUUUUUCGCGGGUCUCUCCAGACAAGGCGCCGUUCCUGUUGACGACACUGGAUACAAGACGUCAUACUCCACAGUCCAAACAUAUUUUCCACAUACACAGAGUUAAUCAGAAGCCAAUAUGUUCAGUCCAGACAUGGCCGGAUGAUCCGAAGGACAUGGAAAAGCAGCAUAAAGGGACGUCGAUCUAUAUGACGUCAUUCAAAGAGAGGGAAACCCUAGACUUACCGAAAUUCAUCAAUAGAAGCAUGAAGGAAAGGAUAGUAGAAGGCAUAGUGCCCUUUAACCUUCCCGCCGAAAACUUUGACGUCAGAUCAGAAAUGAUGCUUCCGGUUUGUGAAACAACACGGAUUCCAUCUGCCCCUCACCCGCACAAGUAUCUGCUCCGGAGGAGAAAGGUCCCGCCCCAGUUCCAAUCCAAUGGGAUAUUCUACAAUAACAAGGGCGAGCCUGUGAAGUCACAGUCUAUGGACCACUCCCUGUCCAGACCUCCACCCAUGAACGACAACUCUGCGCACGUGAGCAUCACGAGUCUGUGUGGCCAGGACUUCACGCGGAGGCGAUACAUAGCGCCACCCACUGGCAUCUUAAAUGUCACGAAUUUCGAUGGUGGCGCCAAGGCGAUCGGAAGUCAUCGAUUUGAUGAGAAGUAUUUACCAUUUAUACGGGCCAAGUCGGUCAUUUAGAUCACGUGUUUGGUCUGAACUGUCAUUGUGAGUGACAAACUGGACUCAUCAAUCGAAUGGAUGUGCUCAGAAUAAUUUUAAAUGGAUAUUUGAAAAUAUUUAUUAUUUACAAAGUAUACUUUAUACAACUGUGAUAAAACAAAUUGUAUAAUUACAUAUUUUAUAAUUUACCAUUUUCUAGAUUUUUUUUUCUAUUUUGUAGCUUUUAAGAUCUAUUGUAUAUGGUACUCUUAUAGAGAUGAUUAUUUGUUAUAAUUUAAA